GCUUAGAGAAGUAACAGCUGUAAACAUGAUUUGUGUCGUGACGUAAUGUACUCUUGCAUCCCGGAGUCACUGAGGGUGAUCUUAACAUCUUGUCGUCAUGGUGUCAAAAACAGAUGACAGCUUUUCAUUAUUUAUUCAGUCACAUUCUAAUAAUUAUCAAAUUUGAUUCGCGUUUCAAACUUAGGAACUUGGAGUUCCCGCUUGUGGGUUAGUUUGUAGUUGCUGAAAUUUAUCGGACUCAGAAUAGAUCAUCGUUUUGUUCCACCGUACGGUAAUACCGGAGAGAAGUCUCUUCCAUUUUAACGAAAAUGUCAAUUUUCAAACUUGGAGAUCUGUAGUACAGUUAGAGGUUACCAUACUGCCUGACAAUGGGAAGUGCUGUUUCCUUGAUACGAAAGAAGAAAGUGACACUUCAACACAAUGAGGAGAGCUCCUCUCAGGAACAAAUAGAACAAGCAGAAGAAUCAGACAGAGAAGAAGAAAGGGAGAACGAUGAUGAACAAGAAGAAGAGGAGGAAGUAAAGUCAUCGGGAGAAAGUGACACCAAAGACGACAGUGACAACGAAGAAAAAUCAGAUGAAGAGGAAGACAGCAACGAUCAAAAAGAAGACGAGACCGAGGACGAUGGCGAUAGCGACGACGAAGAGAAGGUCAAGGAUGAGAGGAAUGGGAGAGAUGUCUACAACGUGGAGUCUGGGAAAGAUCUCCCUUAUACUGAAAAACUAAGGAAAGCCUUGAUAGGUGACCUGGACAGCGAGUUCCCAGAGAACGUUAAAGUUGUGAGAAUUUUCACGAGCUCCACUUUCACAGACACCUCAGUGGAGCGCAACACAUUUAUGGAGCGAGUGUACCCCCGACUGAAGUCCUACUGUCAGGAGAGAGGAUAUGACUUUCAAGUGGUGGACAUGAGAUGGGGAGUCCGGGACGAGUCCACCGAUGAUCACAUGACCACUGAGCUGUGCAUGAGAGAGUUGCGCGCAUGUCAGAAGCUGUCGACUGGACCUAACUUCAUAACGUUUCUUGGACAAAAAUACGGUUACCGUCCCUUUCCUACCAAGAUAGUUGCCUCUGAGUUUGAGAAGCUUCUUAACGCAGUUGAAAACCAAGACGACGUUGCACUACUGAAACACUGGUUUCGGCGAGACGACAACUCAGUUCCAGCCCAAUAUCUGCUGCAGCCAAUCACGUCGCUACUGCCUCACUAUCGCGACUAUGCGAACGAAGAGUUACGUAAGAAAGCGUCUGCCGAUUGGUGGACAGCAUUCGAGAGAAUGCAGGUUGUUUUGAGAGCAGCCGCUGACAAGGCUUUGGAUGAGAAGAUUGAACGGCAUAAGUAUCACAUGUCAGUUACCGAGGACGAAAUCCGAAGAGGCAUCAUAAACGCUUCGCAUCCCUCAAACCACUGCUUCUGGUUUAAAAGGGUCAUCACAGAUCUCCACGCUAAUAUUGAGAAUAAAAACACUGGGAAAUUCGUCGACAAGACAUGGGGAGCUAAUUCAUCGAUAGACGAGACUGCUCAGGAAUUACUCAACGUUCUUCGGGAGAAAGAUCUUCCUCAAGUUUUAUCAAGCGCAAACAUCGUGAGUUAUGACAUCAAAUGGUCCGAAGGUGGCGUCGACCCAUCUAUCUCAGACGAACAUUUUCAGUACAUUGAAAAACUUUGCAAAGAUUUUUAUGAUACCUUAAUUCAGAUGAUCAAUAAAGGGAUUGAGGAGAAGGAAUCAUCGGAUGCAAGAGAUGGAUUCGCAGAGGAAAUAUUCCAGCAUGGUUCAUUCUGCCAGAAUAAGUGCAAAUCAUUUCAUGGCCGUAAAGAGUUUUUAGAGGCUUCAAGGGAAGUCCUGGUGAAUCACGAAAACCAUGCUGUUGUGCUGCAUGGAGAAUCGGGUUGUGGAAAGACGUCGAUUAUGGCAAAAAUUGUCACCAAAGUGAAACAGUGGCUUGAAGACGACUCUGCUAUAGUGGUUUUACGUUUUAUUGGCACCACACCCGAAUCUUCUGGCAUAAGGCCUCUUCUAAGAAGUGUCUGCGUUCAGUUGUGCAGAGCGACCGGUCAGAAUACUGAAGAUAUACCUGAGGACAUUAAAUCCCUCAAAGACUAUUUUCAAGAAUGCCUGGAGAAGUCGGCUGAUGAUCAACCUGUUGUUCUGGUGUUGGACUCACUUGAUCAACUCUCUAUUGACGACGGAGGUCGGCAAAUGGACUGGUACCCAAGACAUUUACCAAACAACGUCUACGUUAUUCUUUCCACGCUACCUGGCGAGGAAUAUCAGGCCUUACCAAGUCUUAGAACCAUCCUUUCAAGUGAAUGUUUUCUGGAAGUACCAAAGAUUCCUCUCAAUGAAGCAGACGUCAUCCUUGACAAUUGGCUCAGAGCAGCUAAUCGCACAGUCCUACCUGAUCAGAAAAACUACGUCAUGGAGUCUUUUCAGAAGUGUCCCCUCCCAUUGUACCUCAAGUUGGCUUUUGACGAAGCCCUGCGAUGGAACUCGUACACUCCUUUCUCCGAGCUUUACCUGGAGCCAUCUGUGCGGGAAAUCAUUGAUGACAUGUUCAGCCGAGUGGAAAGGCGACACGGUAAAGUUUUGGUCAGUCAUGCACUGGCCUACAUUACAGCAUCCAAGAACGGCUUAACCGAGACUGAGUUGGAAGACUUGCUCUCGUUAGACGACGAAGUUCUUAAUGAUGUCUACCAAUACUGGACUCCUCCAGUGAGAAGACUUCCACCGUUGCUAUGGAUUCGCAUUCGGUCUGACAUCGGUGACUAUCUGAUUGAACGAGGAGCCGACGGCACUCGAGUGGUAUUUUGGUAUCAUCGUCAGUUCAUCGAAGCCGCAAGAGAAAGAUACUUGUUAGACGAUCAAGCCAUCAAGAUUCACGCCAAUAUGAGCGAAUAUUUCCUAGGGAGGUGGUCUGGCGGAGUGAAGAAACCAUUUCUCGACAAAGAGGGCAAAGAGAUGUCCAUGGACAGAUUGGUACCAAAACAACCACUGAUGUUUGACUCAAGUGAGGACAACGAGAUAUUCAACCUUCGCAAGUUGAGUGAGCUACCAUUUCACUUAUUUCAUUCUGGAAAUCUAGAACAAAUGAAAGAAGAAUGCCUUUGUAACUUCGAGUUUCUUCUAGCAAAACUCAGAGGAACCUCUUUACAAGUUCUCAUGAGCGAUUUUUCGUCCUACAUUGACGCAAAACAAGAAGACAAUGAUGUGGAUCUCCUUUAUGAGUGCUUACAACUCUCCGCUCACUCACUCGCCCAGAAUGGCAAUCAACUUCCAACGCAGUUGAUAGGACGCAUGUACAACUUUUUAGAGAGAAAGGAACAGUACCCUGAUGUGUACAAGGUCUUGAAGCAAGCGCUGAAUUCUUCGACAGCUUGCUUUCUUCCAAACAGAAAGUGUCUGACAGCGCCUGGUGGAGCGCUGCGUUCUGCCAUCGGUUUAACGCAGUCUGGCACGGAUGUCGUUAGCAUGGCUAAAGAUAACCGCACAAUUGCAGUCUCAAGCCAAUCAUCGGAUGGCCUUGUUGUUAGAAUCAUUGAUUACGUUAGUAAUAAAGAAGUAAGAAAGUUUACUCUUCAACAGCCCGCCGAGAUGUAUAGCACAAAUUUUAACCAAAUAAGUCAGAAGAAUCCUAAUUUGUUGCUGCUUGGUGGAUCGUCCAAAAUUUUCCUGCUGAACACUCUGACUGGACAAAUAGUGAGAGAAUUUCAAGUUUCCGAUGACGAUUGGUUCUCCUACAACCUUCACGCUCCAAUUUCGUUUGCCGACGAUGAAAACUUGCUGGUUGCUAUCUGUCCGGAUUCACUGAAGGUGUGGCAAGUAGAAAAUGGAACACUUCUUCACAGUUUACCCUUGAAAGGAGUCAACACAGAAGAUGAAAUUGGUGCUAUCGAUGCUCGUGGGAGUUUUGCAGUCUACAACCUCCGAGGGAAAAACACUGUGCACUUCAUUGAUUUGAAAACUGGCCGAGAGGUGCGAAAGAUCACCAUUUCAUACCCUAAAAGUAAAGGUUCCAAAGAAAAAGUCUUUAUCAAGGAAAUCAAAAUAACAUCCCUUGAUCAAGUGGCUGUGAUCCCAUCCUCAUUUGAUAGUUUGCGAUUAUACGAUCUCUCAGCAAACCUGAUUCGCGAACUUACUAAUUUCAAGAUGCAAGAAGGUCUUCAUCGUAUGCAGAUUACCGAUGACGGCACGAAGGUCGUGACAGCUGAUAUGUUUGAAAUCUGUAUCCUGAACCUGGAAACAAAAGAAAUGGAGCGGUGUCUUAGAAGCCCAAUCUUUCGGAUGCGAUUAUACACACGUGAUGGAAUCCACAUAUUGGCUGUGGGCCAAGACAACAUACUUCGUGUUUACGACAGAAGUCGAGAAGAGGAUGACGAAAAUCAAAAGGAUACUUCCCUCAGUACAAUUCAAGGCAACACGAUUGCUGACCAAAUCACAGCCAUUUCGACCAGUUAUGACCAACGCCAUGUACUAACAACGGCCACCAUUCAACUUCGGAACGAGCUAGCUGUCUGGGAUGGGCUGACUGGUAAAAGAGUACGACGUCUAACGAAUCUUAUGUUGUUUCCGAAUCCCAUCCGCAUGUGCACUGCCACCCGCGGUGUCGGCUUCAUCUACGAUCAGGAACUUCCACAUUAUAAAGUUAUAAACUUUGCUGAGGGAAGAAUUGAGAGAAAUCUGGAAGGAAAAGCAUGUAAAAGAAUGAAUGCGUUUGGAUUCAUUGAUCAAAAGCGGAUGAUCUCGUUUUCUAGAGGAAGGCGAUUCGUCAAAGUGUGGGAUGUUGACAGUGGAAAAGUGGUGAAGGUGAUGAAGUUCAAAGAAAAGCAACGAUUCGAAGACAUGUUGAUCAGCAAUAAUGGCAAAACGGCUAUUUGUUCACAAGCAAGUCAGAUGACUCAGCACAGCAACAAAGAACUACCCUUAAUCGUUAUUGACACGACCAGCUUCAGCAGCAAGAACCUUCAGUACCAAGGCGAGCAGUUGAGUCUUUUCAACGCACGGAUAUCAGAUGAUGGUAAUUAUCUGGUCAGUCUAGUGGAGUAUUCUCAGCCACUACUCUGGAACCUCCAAACUGGCCAGCUGGUACGAAAGCUGUUUGACCCGGAUGCCUACGAAAGGGCCAGCACUGUCGCAGUUUCAGGUGCAUCGAUGAGCGCCGUAACUGGAACAGUUGACCAGAAGAUCAAGAUAUGGAGCAUUGAAAGUGGUGAGGUCUUGCGCAGCAUAGAUUCCCCACACGUCUCCGAGCUCUUUAUUUCACCAGAUGGGGAAGUCAUCAUUUCCAGAUCUGAUCAAAAUCAUGACUUUGACGCCUGGGACACGAAGACUGGGAAGCAACUGGCCUCAUUCACCACAGAUGGUUCCCCAAAUCAUGUGAAAAUUAUUGGAGACAGGCUUGCUUUGGGACUCGGCGAAAACCCAAAUCUGAUGAUUAUCCAUUUGCAUCGUCCUGCCCUGAAAGACAGAAUGGAAGAAGAGAAUUUACCGUCUCCAUAUGACGGUCUACCUGAAGAAGCAACCGUGGAAAACUUUCAAGAGAAACCCUCGAAGGAUGACGGGAUUGAUGAUGAUAAGGAUGACGAUGACAGUUAUAUAGCUUAGAAAACCGGACCUGUAGCUGCCUAGUAUAACCUCUGACAAAAUAUUUAUGUUUUUUUUAAAGUCAGUUUACAGUGGGAUAGAUUGAAAAAGCAGGGCACGACUCUUCUAAUUAAUUUUCCCCUUGUCUCUGUAACGAUUAAUCAAACAAUUGAUAUAGCCAGUCAGCGCUAACAAUUUUCGAUUGCUUUUGUAAGCGAAUCGUUUCUGUUAGUUCGGCCGUAUUAUAAGUUGAUUGUAUUAUUCUUGUCAAACGACCUCCUCUCUAAUUUUACAGCCUCUUGGGGUUUUUUUUAGUUCGUGCGGCAACUUCCAUUUAGAGUGAUUUGUAAAAUGAGAGUCGUUUCACGAAAUCAAAACGUUUUACUACAAAUUCACAAGCAAUUAAGGGACUCCACACUGUCGCAGUUUAUCUCAGUUUCUGUAGCUUGGACCAUUUUGCAUUAUAUUUGCUUCCCCGGGAUGAGAUGGCUGUCUGUCACGUGGCAUUCCUCCAAACCCCCCCUCCCCUCCGUCCCUAGGCUAGGAUUUCGUCACACAUCUCUGCUCAUUUGCCGUUACGCCACUCUCCGUAAUACCGAAAGUCAACUGGAAUAAGAAUUCUUAGGUCACACUUUUAAAUUGCCACCAAACACAACACAAAAGCUGGGAUAAUAAAUACGUCGAUAUCCUUCUACCUCAACAUGGACAAGUAAGGGCAUUCCUUGCCAUAUCAUAGGUCCAAUUUUCAAAAGGAAAUUCCAUAGUCAUGCUCUUUGGUAUGCAGGUUUCAUUUGCACUUGAUGCGAGCUUAUUUGCGACCUCGUUUCUUAAACUUGCGGAGUAGAUGCAGUAGGUGGUAAGAAUAGCACAGUCUGUCGCUAGUCUGAACACGCAUAAUUUUAAAAAUGUCGCGAAAGCUGAUCUUUCCUCCUCUUUGCUGAACAAAUGAUUUCAACGCACCACUUAACGAUAUUUUAAGUUGAUCUAAAAAAAGUAACAAAGCUGUCACUCAAGUGGAGUUCUGUGACACAUUUAAAAGAAGGCGUUGUUUGGUCGGCCAAACCCUCCCUUCCGCAUUCUUUAGGAGAUCAAUAUCUUCGCAAGACUUUCGCAUUAUAUACGUUUGCGUUAUGCUUUUGAAUAAUUUUUUAUAUGUUAAGUUAGUGCAUGUAGCUUCAAUGUGUUCAUAGUGUCGAGGCGUUUCAAUCCCAUAGUGCAUUUUAUUAUUGAUGUUUACAGCUUGAGUUUCUUCACUUCCUGUACACACC